AUGUAUUUACCCCCAAACCCUGAUAUUUUUGCCAUACAAUUUGGUGGAAUAAUAGAAAACAUCUCAAUAGAGCUGGAUAUGGCCAGCCGGACAAAGAUCAUGAAUUUAAUUGAUGAAGCCAGGAAAGCUGGGAAGUUGACGAGAGAUAGAAGAUAUAACAGGAAUUCAUUCUUCAAAUUCGAUGUAAACUCAUUCAAAAUUGUGACAGAUGAUAAUAAACAGGAUGUUUUGGUAAGAAUGCCUAUCCACCAAGUAGCAUGCUUCUCAUACGUUUAUGAAGAUGACCAACAUAUCAUUGCUAUUAAAUAUGCAAUCAGCAGAACAGCUGUGCAGCUUUGCCGAACGUUGCUUCUCAGAGCUCUUCAACUGGGAGGCCACAGCGAUGAUGACAUCAUCAUCAGCAGCUGGCCACAACCACAUGAGAACUUUUCAAACUCCUGCUUGGAUGUCCGCGAUCCCCUUGACGCAAAUGGCGGUCAGCAAUUAUCAUCCAUCUUCAACAACAGCAGCAACAACAACAACAAGAGUGACGUAACGAAUGACGUCAUCAACCAGGGUUACGUCAGUGAGAGCGAUUCAUCGCAGCUGAGUAUGAAGGAACAAGAGCUGAUCAGAGAUUACAUGCGUAAGCUAUACAACGUACUGACGAACUUUGAGCUAGAGAGUUUCGCUCAGUUGGUCAAAUCCUGGCAAAGAGACAUACCAUUUCACGAUUUCAUGAACCAACUUCUGCAGCUCUAUGGUGAAAAACGAAAAUAUCUGCUGAAAGAAAUGCGACCGUUCAUUCCGACAAAAGAUAUUUCAUAUUACGAAAGUUUUCUAGCCCAGCAUCAGCUGACCGAUGAUAAAAAGUAG